AUGGGCAUAUCUGAGGAAAUGGUCGUAAGUUUUGGUGACAGUCCAAAAAAGCUCAUUACAUGCUCUGUCUGCCUCCAAGUAUUAUGGAAACCUAUGACAUGUGAAGAGUGUGAAAACUCGUAUUGCACCGACUGUAUUACACAGUGGUUAAAACAGCAGCAGGCAAUGAAUCGAAAGCAUACGUGUCCAAACAGUAAUUGUGAAUUUAAGCAGAAAAAUAAAAUACCAAGUUUAUUAGUUCAAUUAUUAUCGCAGUUACGAGUUAAAUGUGUCAAUACGAUAAAUGGCUGCAAAGAACUGCUACCAUAUGAAGCACUCGAUGAACAUCAGUUAGUUUGUGGGUUUCAGCAGCAACUUUGUCAAAUGCGAGAAAACGGGUGUAAAGAAAUUGUAUUGAAGAAAGAUAUUGUUACACAUGGUGCCACAUGUGGUUACCAAAGACAAGAAUGUAAAGGACAGGUGUACGGAUGUAAAGAUAUUGUAUUAAAGAAAGAUAUUCUUGCACAUGAAGCCGAAUGUGGUUAUAUUAAACAGCAGUGUAAAGGAAAAGCCCACGGUUGUAAGGAUUUGGUACUGAAGAAAGAUCUUAAUACACACGAACCGCAAUGCAACUACAUACAACUGCUGUGUCAGUCGUGUGAAACGAAAUAUUUAAGAGGCGAUGGACAUGAACUGAUGAAAUGUUUACAAAAUCAGAUAAAGAAUUUAGCGAAUGAAAUGCAGAAGUCAAACGCCAACGAUAACCAACAAAAAACAUUAAUCGAUCAACUGAAAGAGGAGACACGACUGUUAAAAGUCAACGAAGAAGAGCAGAAAGGUGUGAACACAAAAUUAUUAAAGGAAAUUCGAUUGUUGAAAGCCAGCGAUACCCAACAAAAAAUAUUAAUCGAUCAACUGAAAGAGGAGACACGACUGUUAAAAGGUAAGCAUCAGUUUAAUUUAAUUUGGUUUCAAGUUGCUUUAAUGUUGAAACCGCAUAUUAAAAUUGCACUGACGCCAGCUGAAAUUGGUAGAGAAAUUUUCGGAUGUUUAAUUAUUUCAAUGCCAGAUUCACGAUGA